AUCUCAGUGCUCUUCCCAGAAUGGGAGCUGUUUCUGAGAAGCACCCAGCUGCCUCCCCAGCACUGCCAGCACCACCAGCAUUCCAGUGCCAGCAGCAGCACCAGCAUCCCUCUGCUCCUGGAGGGACCAUGAACCCUUCAGGGAACAGAAACGAGGAAUGGUCAAAACCUGUCAGGAGAGGAAAGGCAGUCAGAGAUUGGGACAUUCUGCAGGGAAGGAAUGUUUCUAAUCUGGAGGAAAUGAAGAGCUGUUAACAAAUAUCUGAAUGUGCAGCUCCUGGCAAAACCUACUUCCUCAGCAGCAAAAAGAAAAAGAAACCAAAAAUGAAGACAAGUAACUCAGAGGAAGUCAAACUCUGAUGUUGCCAAAGAUGCAAUUUCCGACUCCCUCGUGACUCCACCAAAUCUUGGGGAGCGACACCAGUACAGGACACGGAGAGGAGCUGGUGGGACAGGAAUGGGGACCUCCUGGGGAUCUGGGCUCUUUCUGCUCUAUUUACUGAUCUGGGAGGAUUUGCUUUAGGAUAAGGAUCCGAAAAAAGAUCAAAAGAUGCCAGGAAGCGCCGCUGAUCUGGACAGACACCCUUUGCCUGCUGCUGCCCCACACUCAACAGCAAGGAGCCCUGCCACUGUGUUCUGUGAUGGCUCUGAGGGUGAUGGACAGGCUGCUGGUCAGGCCUGGGCCGAUUGCACAGGGAGCUGCUGAGGAGCUGCAUGGUCCAUCCUGGGAUUCUCCAAGCACUGACUGCCCAUCCACUCUGACCACAGCCAGGAGCCACAUCCCACUGCCUGCCCAGCAUCCAUCCAUGGAGGUGAGCACCGUGUUCCCACCUCCCACCUCACCCACUGAGGAUCCAUGUGAGACAGAUGUCACCAAUGUGGCCAUACACAGUGUCAUGCUGCUCAUCUGCCUGUGUGGGCUGUUUGGGAACGGGGCUGUGCUCUGCCUCCUCAACCUGGAACUCACUGACAGUGAUAUCUUUCACCUGGCUGUCAUUGACUUCCUCUUCCUUCUCUUCACGGUGCCCUCUCCCCUGCUGCUCCUGGUGGAGGAUUUGUCCUGCUUUCCAAUUGUGCCCCUGGGUUACCUGAGCUUCCUUUUCCAGCUCUCAGUGGUCUCCCAGUAUUGGAUGCUGUACUGGCUGACAGACUUGGACAUUGCGACAGCCAUUGCCAAGCUCUGUGAGGUCCUGUGCCACUGCUGCCUCCCCAAGCGCCUGUUCCAGGUGCUGUCGGGCAUUGAACGCUGGGCCUUCUUCAUUCUCAUCACAGUCACUCCCACAGUGUCUUUCCUGUGCCCAUCACAUGAGCAGCAGCAGUGCCGGGCAGCUCUCAUCUCCAUUUUCACUGUCAUUCUGCUCCUCCUUGCUGCACCCAUGCUCAUUUCCACCACAAUCAAAUUCAUGAAGGCCAAAUUUUGCUCCCAGCAGCAGCAACUGAAAAGGUGCGACAUCGCCGUCUGCCUCAUUGUGCUCUUCAUUCUCCUCCUCACCCUUUGGAACUUCCUCGAGCACCUUGGUUACAUCACUGUGUCCUCCCACGUUUUUUUUCUGCUCGCCUGCAUCUACAGCAGCAUCAAACCCUUCAUCUACUUCUUGCUGGGGAGGUGCAGCAGGCCCUGCUCUGUGGGAUCCCUCAGGAAAUCCCUCCAGAGGGUCUUUGAAGAGCCGGAAGGAAACACUGCCCACAGAAAUGAUGGCACCAUGGACAGGGUGCUCUGAGUUUGUUGAUCCCUUCCCCUGCACUGCUGAAGGACCCCGGGACAGUGGCUGAGGGUUUCCUUGACUCACUUGAUCAAUAAAUACCCACAGGAUCACUCUCCUGAACUGCAAUCCCACAGGAGAAGGGAGCAGGGGCAUUGCCACGGGCGAUGUGGGAGGGAUGCUCUGCAGGGAGCACAUUGGAGCGUGGCUUUUCUCCUCCCUCCCGGUUCCACACGGCUCUGAGCAGGGCAGCCGGGCUCAGUCCUGUUC